CAGGGCAGCAGGUUAGAAUGUCUCAGGUUUGUUAGGCUUGCUGCAGUGUGAGCACGUGUAACUAGGCCUGUGCAUGUUACACUGCACUGUGAGCUGACAGGGGAGAGCCAGCCUCAGGACACGACUCCUCGUCCAGAACACGUACCUGUAUUUGUGAGCCUCUUCUCUGGUUUUCACUUGGUUUAAUGGCGCAGUGCACCUCUGGACAGAGCGUUCUUCUCGGCUUUAAAGAUGCACCUCUAGAAUGUCACACUUCCUCUUCGGACAUCAGUAAAAUAGGUGGUCUUCCGGAUGUUCCUUCACAAGUAACGCUGACCUUCCCAUCAUGCCCACUGUGUUCUGCUGCCCUCUGCCUCGUUACGCAGUUGUAUUGCCCCCUUGAAGCUUCAGUCUAUCAUCGUGUCAUCCAUGUAUUUGCUUGCUGCAGAAAGCAGUGCUGGGGGAAGCAUGAAAGUUGGGUGGCUUUACGAUCGCAGAGCACAGAAGUAUCUGCACCACCGUCUGGUGAAGGAGCCUCGUUCCUGCAGGAAAAUCUGGCAGCCACAGACUGGUGUGAUGAUGCAGAUAAUUGGGGAGUAGAUGACAACCCUGUAGAGAAAUUUCCUGUGCCAACCACGGUAUCCAACACAAAACAUUGCCCUGUGAUGCCCCAAGAAGCAGACUGUACUUCACAGCUCCAGAACCUCUCCUUAUCAGAGAGGUUGGGCAAAAAACAUCAUGAGGACUCUGUGUUUUGCUCUCACUACAUUGCAGUAGCAGAUGAAGAAGAGUGUGGCUCCGACUUGGAUUUAAAACAUGCUCAGCGCCUCCUUCGGGAAUAUGAGAAAAGAGAAGGUCUUCCUCAGGAAGAGCAGGAGAGCUGUACAGGAAAAGGAGAGAGUGAAAAAUAUGAGAAACAUAACUUGCGGAGUCAGGACAUUGUAUUCUACAAGUUCAUGAAGAAGAUUGCCCCUUGCAGACAACAAAUUAUCAGGUAUUCAUGGAACGGAACCCCUUUGUUUAUAAGCCCCACAGAAGAUGGCUUCCAGGCCCCUCCAUGUACACGGUGUGGGGGGCAUAGAGUGUUUGAGUUCCAGCUGAUGCCAGCUCUAGUCAGUAUGCUGCAAAGUGUUAGUCCAGAUUUGAUCCUGGAGUUCGGGACAGUUCUAGUGUUCAGCUGCGAGAGGAGCUGUUGGACAGCAGAUGACAGGAGCCCAGUGCAGGAAUACUGCUUUGUGCAGGAAGAUCCUGAUCAGCAGUACUUUAAGUAGAAAUGGGAUGGACCCGAUGCAUCGAACAAGCACUGUAUCCAUAUUUGUGGAAGAUUUAUGUAACUGGAAAAUGUUCUAGAAGCCAAAACAAUAUGGGGCCCAUCUUAAAAAGCCCACAAUAUAUGGGACAUGAAUCAGGACAUGUGCGGACCUAAUUUACAGAAAUAUUUUAGAUUUGCUCAGAAAUGGACUGUAUAAAAUUUACGACAGGUGAAAUCUUCAGUUUGUAGUUUUCACCUUUUAACUCACAAAAUAAGCCAAUACACCACAUGGCCUUUUUUUUUCGAUCUCCGUGCUUGACACCUUUUCAAUGCCAGAACGUGCUACAAUACAUUUUCGAUACCACUGGAUCAUGUAGGACUUAUGGACAUAGUUUUGGCCAUAUUUCGACACACUUCAUGGCUG